AUGCCCAUGCCGUCCACUCCCGCUCCUCUCGCUCCCUCACCUCCAUCCCAUAGUAAUCCCGGAGCCGUCAGAGAGGUCAGCAACCAGAGGCAGAUAGCAUCAAGGCCUUCGUCCAAGGCUGCUCAGAGACCAGCUGCCGGCCCCUCCGCUGGCACCGCCGGGUCUCUCGCUCCUACAUCCGGUGCGCCUGGCCCGCCCUCUCGAGCACCGCUUCCGACGAAACAGCCCAAGGCCAACACCUCGGCCAAGACAACCGGUGGUUCGGUCCCUCUACCCCGUUUAUCUGCACCGCUCGUCGAUAAAAUGGCCAUGGCGGCCGUCAUCAGCCCUUCUCCCACUGCGGAGGCGCCCAAGAUCUCCAUGACAUCCAAGGAAUGGGUCAUCCCGCCGCGUCCCAAGCCUGGCCGUAAACCAGCGACAGACACUCCUCCAACAAAGCGCAAGGCACAAAACCGUGCUGCUCAGCGCGCUUUCCGUGAACGACGAGCUGCCCGUGUAGGAGAACUGGAAGUGCAGCUGGACGAGCAAAAAGACGCUCAUCAGCAGGAGGAAGCCAAGCUGAAGGAGAAGAUCCGCAAUCUAGAGUUGGAUCUCCAGUCGUUCCGAUCUAGAUGUAUGCUUUUGGAGAAUAUGCUCGAUCGUGAGCGACAGGAACGUAUUCGCGCCGAGACCCAGGCAGAGACGCUCAAAAGAAGGCAUGGUGAUGACUUUUUUCGACCGCAAAGAAUAAGCGGUCCUCGCCACUCGCACAGUCAACCUCACAGUCCUGUACAUCAUCACGCCCGUCACAGCCUAUCCAGCGGACGCAACGAACACCUCUCGCAGGGGAGAAACUUUUCCAUCUCCAACAUCAUCACUCCCCCCGAAAGCUUAGACAUCAGUUCCAACAACCCCGAGGCCGACGCAGCUAUCACUUGCGGCAACUGCUCACCCAAUAGCCGCUGUGCAUGUGCUGAAGAGGUGCUCGCUUCCGCAUCCGCAGGCUGCGGCAAGUGUGGAUUUGGCGCUGCUUGUCAAUGCUUGGAUGACAUGACGAACAAUGUCAACGCAGGGCAGGACAUGAAAAGGCCUCUGUCACCGUCUGCCGGCUCGUCCGACAACAAGCGACACCGUCCGGAUGUGGACACUCACGCCCUUACAGAGACGGACUUCACUGCCAUUUUCUCAAGAAAGCCUGCUGCCGAUGCCACACCCCAAUCACCAUAUGACCAGCCCCCAUCCGUGACCCAGAUGCCCUCCGGAGAGUCCAUGGCAUUCAAGGAGAGCUGCGGAUUCUGCAAAGAAGGCACGUACUGCGUCUGCGCCGAGGAUGCAGCUGGCAUGGCCACCCCGGCCAUGACUCCUACCGAAUCAAUACAGCCUGUUUCCCACCAAACCCAAACCCCUCCUCCUUCGGAGCCCGAUAUCCUGCCGCCCCCUCUAGCCAUGGAAAUGACGGCAGAUGGAGCCGUCAAGCUCCCCCGCAGAAUCCAAGGCAAAAAACCAGUCCACAAAGCAUCGCCCUCGUCCAAGGGCGGCUGUGGCGCCAACGGACCCGGCACAUGCGCUCAAUGCCAGGCAGACCCCAAAUCCGGCCUGUUUUGCCGCCUGAUGAAUGCAAAGUACAGUCGUGAACAAGGCUCCAGCGGCGGUUGCUGUGGCGGGAAAGGUGCCGGCGAGGGAUGCUGCAAGUCCAAGACCCAGCAGGCCCCUGAGAAAAUCACCCUCCCCAGCCUGCCCAGCCUGGGACUUAGCUGCGCCGAAGCCUACCAGACCCUGUCCAGCCACAGGAACUUCUCCAAAGCCGCAGACGACAUUUCUUCGUGGCUGCCAAAGUUGAAGACUACACAGCAUGGGGGCCGGGUCACUCCGGGGAGACAGGCUAUAGAGGUCGAGGCGGCGAGUAUAAUGAGUGUUUUGAAAGAAUUCGACGUACGCUUCGGAAGGGAGUGCUGA